AUGGAGGUGGAUGGUAAAGUGCAAGCUAUUGGUCGGGUUCUGCGGUCACAGUCUGCAGUGAAUGGAGGGUAUGAUAAGGAAGUGAGUGAUGGUGGUUUGGUUGAUGAAGGUAGAGAAAAUGACGGGUCUCAUAAACAACGUAGUGAGGUAAACAAUGAAGGGAGGAAGGAAAUGGAGGUGGAUGGUAAAGUGCAAGUUGUUGAUCGGGUUCUGCAGGCACUGUCAGCGGUGAAUGGAAGGCGUGAUAAGGAUGUGAAUGAUGGUGUUCUGGUUGCUGGAAGUAGAAAAAGUGAUGGGUCUGACAAGCAAUGUAGUGAGGUAAAAGAUGAAGGGGCUGAUCUGUUGGGCCAGGGUGAAAAUGUGGGAGUAGGUGAGAUUGGGAAGAAGAGGAGGUGGGGUGAUAAUGGCGAAGAAAUUGAUGAUGAUGCUCUUGAGGAAAAAAAGGUGAAGGAAGAUGAGGUGGAUAGUAAAGUGCUAACUACAGUUAGGGUUCUUCGGUCACGAGUUGUGGUGAAUGAGGGGUGUGAUAAGGCAGGGAGUGAUGGUAGGGGGAGUGACGGGUCUGGCAAGAAAUCUUCCAAGGUUAAUAAUGAAGGGGGUGAUCAGUUGGUUGAACAGUUUACGAAGAAGUUGAAAGGCAAGAGAGGGAGCCCACUCAAGGUUGAAAAGGAAGAAGGUGAUGGUUCGGGUGCUGGGCUACAUAAGAUGAAGAAUUUGAAACGCAAGCGUGGGAGACCUAAGAAGGUAGAAAAGGAAGAGAGUGAUCUGUCAGUUGGUCAGUUGAGAAAGGAAGAAGGUGAUGGUUCGGGUGCUGGGCUACAUAAGAUGAAUUUUAAACGCAAGCGUGGCAGACCUAAGAAGGUAGAAAAGGAAGAGAGUGAUCUGUCAGUUGGUCGGUUGAGAAAGGAAGAAAGUGAUGGUUCGGGCGCUGGGCUACAGAAGAUGAUGAAUUUGAAACGUAAGCGUGGGAGACCUAAGAAGGUAGAAAGGGAAGAGAGUGAUCUGUCAGUUGGUCGGUUGAGAAAGGAAGAAAGUCAUGGUUUGGGUGCUGGGCUUCAGAAGAUGAAGAAUUUGAAACGUAAGCGUGGGAGACCUAAGAAGGUAGAAAAGGAGGAGAGUGAUCUGUCAGUUGGUCGGUUGAGAAAGAAGUCAAAAUUGAAGCACAAGAGACCACUUAAGGUGCAGAAGACUAAUGUGGCUUUCAAAGGAAAGCUUGCUAAGGAAGGCAAUAUGGUUUUGAGAUCGCAUGAAAGAAUCAAAGUGAAUAUGACAACUAAUGGUUCAUAUCUGGAAAGGAGGAUUAUUGGGAAAGAGUUGGUUGUGAAGGCCUUUUCUCCAGCUAAAACGGAUAAAAAAGGAAAUGAUUUGGAGACUGAGGAUAGUGAGGAUGGAGAAGGAAGUAAUGAACGGAAACAGAAACAGAAGGGAAAUAAAGGACAGAAAAAUAAGCAGAAGGGUUGGGAUGGAGAUAGCGCCAGAAGUAGGCAAAAACAGUUGGUGAGAGAUAAGAUAGUGGAUCUAAUUAUGCGUGCAGGUUGGACCAUUCAAUAUAGGCCUAGGAAUGGCAAAGAUUACAAGGAUGCAGUGUACGUAACUCCAGCAGGACAGACUCACUGGUCAGUCACCAAGGCUUACACAACUCUUAAGGUGCAUUGUGAAAAUGGUGAAAAUAAUUCCAAGUUUUGUAAGCCUGGCUUCAAAUUUACUUUGAUACCACCAGAGGAAAUCGACAUGCUAGCAAGGAUACAAGUCGUGAAAAGGGUGGGGAAAAAGAAAGGGAAGAAGGGUGGAAUUAACAAAAAACAAAAGAAGAAAAAGGGUGGGAAUACAGUGGAUGGAGUUACCGAAGAGAAAAAGAAAAAGAAAUUGGGUAGGCCACUCAAAGGGAAACGUUUGCUUCUUGAAAAGGAUCAUUCAGCACGUGCAGCAUGCAAGGGAAGGCGAAGUUUAUAUAAGACAAAAAGUAGAAAGCGAUGUGCUUUACUGGUUCGGAACUCUGAGAAUGCCGAUUCAGAUGAUGAUGGCCAUGUACUAUAUGACGGGAAAAGAACAGUACUUGCCUGGAUGAUUGAUUUGGGAACCCUAUCACUUAAUUCGAAGGUGAAGUACAUGAACAGGAGAAAGACACAGGUGCUUCUUGAGGGUAACAUUACAAGAGAUGGAAUUCAUUGUGGUUGCUGUGGAGAUACAAUCUCAAUUUCAAAGUUUGUAACCCAUGCCAGAAGUGAUUACUCUGAGCCAUUUAAACAUAUAUAUCUGGACUCAGGGUCUACCCUUUUGCAAUGCCUGCUUAACUCAUGGAAUAAACAGGAUGAAUACGACCGUCGUGGAUUCCAUUUUGUGGGUGUUAACAGGGAAGACCCAAACGAUGAUACAUGUGGAAUCUGUGGAGAUGGUGGGAACUUGAUUUGUUGUGAUGGCUGUCCAUCAACAUUCCACCAAAAUUGUUUAGAGAUAAAGAAGUUCCCCUCAGGUGAUUGGCAUUGUGUAUAUUGUUCAUGCAAAUUUUGUGGGAUGUUUGGCGGUAAUAUAUGCGAAACCGAUGGCAAUGACAAUGGAAAUGUAGCUGCAUCAGCAUUAAUUACCUGCCAUUUGUGUGAGGAAAAAUAUCACAAAUCCUGUAUUCAGGCAAAGGAUGCUGUAAAUGAUGAUGCCAAUGAUCCAUCCUUCUGCGGCAAGAAUUGUCAAGAGCUAUUUGCGAGUCUUCAGAUGCUUCUUGGAGUGAGGCAAGAAAUCGAAGAUGGAUUUUCAUUGACUCUGAUUCACCGAUCUGAUACGAGCUCAAUUUCUAUUUGUGACACACCACAGAUAGAUGAUUGUGAUUCAAAGCUAAUUGAAUGCAAUUCCAAGCUGGCUGUUGCAUUUUUACUAAUGGAUGAGUGUUUUUUGCCUAUGGUUGACCACAGAAGUGGAGUCAAUUUGAUUCAUAAUAUUCUGUAUAAUCGUGGGUCAAAUUUUAGUAGACUGAAUUAUAGUGGUUUCUUGACUGCAAUUCUUGAAAGAGGUGAUGAGAUCAUAUCAGCGGCAUCCAUCCGGAUUCAUGGGAACUAUUUAGCAGAGAUGCCAUUUGUUGGGACCCGAUAUAUGUACAGGCGUCAAGGAAUGUGCCGUCGGCUUCUAACUGGAAUUGAAUCUGCUCUCAGCUCGUUGAAUGUUGAAAGAUUGGUUAUACCUGCAAUCUCGGAACUCAGAGAAACAUGGACUUCUGUUUUUGGUUUUAAGCCCCUUGAAGAAUCAAGCAAGCAGAGGAUGAAGAGCAUGAACAUAUUGGUUUUCCCUGGUGUAGAUAUCUUAGAGAAGCCAGUGUCGAAGCAGUUAACAGAAGCAAAUAUGAUUCCCGCUGAAGGUGUGAGGUCCAUCGAACUUGAGCAUCAGCAACUCGAGCAAGAGGUUUUAUGUGAUACUAAUGACAAACGUUUGGUUGCGUCUGGAAUUGAAGCAUCUGCACCCUGUGGAAAUGAGGCAAAUGAUGAACUUGCUGAUGUUGAAUCCUAUACACAGCAUCAGUGUGGUGUUUCUCUGGAUAAUCUGGAGGAGAAAAGCAAUACAAUUAUGAUUACUCCUCAACCAAUGUGUGAUAUUCAUGAACAAACUGAGGAGGUCAAUGAACACCAGAGCUCUGCUUCAGUUCCUGAUGUAGGGACGGUGCAAGUGGACACCCAACAUGACCAGCAUAUCAUGCUUGAAGUCGAAAACAAAUCUUUGACAUCACAUCAUAGUAGUUCUGUUAGGAACCACAAUUCUCAUGAUGAAGGAUCCAUUUGCCGCUCUACUGAAAAUAAUACCACCGAGCAGCAGCACAUAGGACUUGAAGUAAGGGUUUCCGAUGAAUUUACCGUCUGCCAUGAUUCAGCGACUACAACUGAGACAUCUCAUGAGGCAAGUGACCUUAAGCAUCAGGAUUCUCUAAGUGUGCAGGUUGCAGGAUCUAUUUCCUAUCCGGAUGGAAAGAUGUCUGAGACUUGUGAAGCGGAAUGUAACCAUCCUUCUACUCAGCAUACACCUGCAGUGAUAGUUGAAGAGCAUCCAGAAUCUAUCAAGUGUUAUGGCUCUGAAAUUCUGACCGAAACUAGUGAGGUCGCCAGUGAUGUACUUCACCCUACUCCCCUGUUGCCUCACCAGAAAGCAGAUGAGCUUGAAGGUAACAGGCUCAACACUCAUAAAGUUGCAGAUGGGUUUGAAGGCAACGGGCUCAACACUCGUAAUGUUGCAGAUGAGUUUGAAGGCAAUGGGCUCAACACUCAAAAAGUCGACUCCGCUCUUACAUGUGGACAUGCCAAGUCCCCGGAGGUUACUGAUUUGAAUUUAACUCCCGAGGAGUCUCAGAACACAACAUCCAUAAAUCAAUCUGAACUCGAUUCUCAGACAAGUCCCACGCAGUGCAACUCGAGCAAUACGCCUGUUGUGGCUCUUCACUGCGCAUCCGGUGGGGGUACUUCGGGGGCGGUUAUUCUAUCAAAUCAGGCUAGGUGA